AUGGCUUCUCUUCAAUUAUUCUCGAACUCAUUUCCAUGCAAUUAUCUUCCCACUCAUAAUUCUACCCAUUACAGUUGCUUCGCCAUGAAAGUUCCCUGCUCCCUUCUUGCAUUUAAAUUCGAGUUCACCUCAAGGAAACAACCCAUUCCCUCAAUCAAAAUUACUUCCUCUGCUUUGGCAAGUAACAGCAAGAUGGAACCAAUGGCCCCUCCUUUCAAUGUCUUGAUUACGGGCUCUUCUAAAGGAAUAGGGUAUGCUUUAGCUAGAGAAUUUUUGAAAGCAGGGGAUAAUGUCAUUAUUUGCUCAAGAGCAGCUGAGCGUGUUCAAUCUGCUGUUGAAAGUCUGAAAUUGGAAUCAGGGAAGCAGCAUGUGUGGGGUACUAGCUGUGAUGUUAGAAAGGCUGAUGAUGUGAAGAAUUUAGUCAAUUUCGCCCAAGAAAACCUUAAAUAUGUUGAUAUAUGGAUUAAUAAUGCGGGAUCUAAUGCUUAUAGCUACAAACCUCUGGCAGAAGCUUCUGAUGAAGAUCUAAUGGAAGUUGUCUCAACAAAUACUCUUGGUUUGAUGAUAUGUUGUCGAGAGGCCAUUAAAAUGAUGCUAAAUCAAUCUCGAGGGGGUCAUAUAUUUAAUAUUGACGGGGCAGGGUCAGAUGGAAGACCAACCCCCAGAUUUGCUGCAUAUGGGGCAACAAAGCGCAGUGUGGUGCACUUGACCAAAUCCUUGCAGGCUGAAUUGCAAAUGCAAGAUGUCAAAAAUGUUAUUGUGCACAACUUGUCGCCAGGCAUGGUAACUACCGAUCUUCUCAUGUCCGGUGCUGACACAAAGCAAGCAAAAUUCUUCAUAAAUAUUUUGGCUGAACCAGCAGAAGUGGUUGCAGAAUAUCUAGUACCAAAUAUCAGAUCAAUUCCCAUGAGUGGAUCAACAAAGCCGACUUACAUUCGGUUUUUAACUGGAUGGAAAGCCUACUCUCAAAUAUUCUCAAGAAUUGCUUUUGGAGCUAGGAGGAAUAGAUAUGUUCUAGAAGAUUGA